AUGAAUCUUGCAUCCAUUUUUCAUCGCUCAUGUUUGAGUUUUCGCCCGAUACAUUUGCGUGGGUAUGCACAAAGCGCAACUGCAAUCCCUAAACGAAUAAUACAAGAUUCACCAGAAGCAGCACAUGCAAGGCGCCACUUGCUCCCAAGGACGGGUGUGAUUUUACUUAAGAAAGGAAUGACUAGUGCAUGGGACAAUGAAACAGGAAAGUGGAUCCCAUUGACGAUUUUACAAUUUGAUCGCGUCCAAGCUAUGGCGAGCCGUACAAAGGAAAAGCACGGUUAUUACGCUGUUCAAAUGGGUGCGGGCAUAAGAAAGCCUCACGCUCUUACAAAAGCUGAUCAGGGUCAGUUCUUCGCUAGUGGUGUUUUCCCUAAGAUGCAUAUUAAAGAAUUUCAAGUUCGUGAUGAAUCAGGACUCAUACCCUCGGGCACUGAAUUGAAUGCGGAUUACUUUCAACCAAAACAAUACGUUGAUAUUAAGGGAGUUACAAAAGGAAAAGGGUUUGCUGGUGUCAUGAAACGAUGGGGAUUUGCAGGAGGAAACGCGUCUCACGGUGCUUCCUUGUCGCAUCGUACUGCCGGUUCAACAGGUCAAAAUACCACCCCGGGUCGUGUUCUCCCAGGCCGUAAAAUGGCAGGCCAUAUGGGUCACAAAAGUUCAACAAUUGAACAUAUUUUAGUCUGGGAUGUAGACCCUGAUCUUAAUUGCAUUCUAGUUCGAGGUGCUGUUCCUGGACCCAACAAGAGCCCUGUCUAUGUUUACGAUACGCGCAAAAGAUAA